ACGCUCGUCGACUGGAGAGUUUCCCAUCACCGGAACCACCGCGUCGCUUAAAUCUCGAUUCGGCGAAGAGAAACCCUAAUUUCCCUUUUAUUUGUUGAACUCAAUCGAAGAUAAGGCAAUGGUGAAAACCGAAGUGAAGACCGAGAAGCUUGAUGACGACAUGACAAUCAAAGACAAUAAGCACAGUCGUCGCGUGGUUAGCUCCGCCGACGCCUUAGAUAGAAAGUUCAAGAGAACCGUCCUGUGCGUGGCGAAACCAUCUUACCUUCUGAGUCUGCUUGAGCGAAGUAGUACCCGAUGCAACUACCUCAAACGGUUGCCGAAGAUCCUUAGUGAGCUGCUUCGCCAGAGAAACUGGAGAGAAGCAAGCGCUGUACUUAGCGUCUUGAUGCAAGGGACUAUGAGAGAUGGUUCUCCUUCCAUGAACCGCCUCAAAUACGAGGCUCAAAUACAGAUUGUGAGUCACUUGCAACCUGACAAGGACAAUGUUGAGGAGAUUGAAAGAAUAUAUGAUACUUGGAUCGGGAAGAUUGGUAAACAGCAUAAAGAGGAAAGGCUCUUGGUUUGGUUCGAACAAAUUUGUCAUUUACUCGAGCAUGGUAUGGAGAAGGAGGCCGAGUAUGCCGCAAUUGGCAUGAUGCGGAGCCGUGAUUUGGGAAACCUUCCUCGGACCAAUUUAUAUAUAGGAAUCACAUGCUACAGACUGUGGUGUCGUAAAUACUCGGAGGAGCUGGAGCCUAAAGACGCAGACUGCAGUGACAGCAUAUCUAACAUGUCUCAGUCAGGAUCUGGUGUUAUGGCCGAGUGUUCACCCAGGAACGAGUCUGUUUACUCUGUGGAGUCUUCGGGUUCUGUUAGAAACGUGUCAGAGGCUUCUGUCGGGAAUUACGAAGUAAAUUCUGAUGCCUCCACGCGUGGCUCAGGGUCAGAAGUGGAGGUGAAGGUAAAACUGGAGAAUGUUAAAGUGGAGGAGAGUUCUCAGCAUUUUACUGAACCACCACGAAUCUAUGCCUCGUCUGAAGAAAACGAAGAGCCUUUGAGAGAUGGAGUUUCAUUUGAUCCCGCUCUUAUUCAAAUUCUUGGGGAGAUGGAUCCAUGGUUGUUUCCUUUGAAACCACCAGAAGAUCCUGAUUGCCAUGGAAAGAUAGUCAAUGAUUCUUUUUAUAAGGACGCUGUGUCAUAUCUGCGGCUUACUAUGCAGUCUCCUCGUUACGUAUCUUUAGCUGCAUUACAUCCUCUUGUACAGCUUCUCUUAAUUGGAGGCCGUGUAGAUGAAGCUAUGAAAUUGGUUGAGGAGAUGUGUCAGAAAGUACAUGACAUCAAACCUUUGAGGAUUAGAGCUGCUAUGAAGGAGAAGUUUCAUAAUAACAGCGACGAGCUCGCAAAAUGCUACGAAGAUGUCUUAGAGAUUGAUCCUAGUUGUGUAACCACCUUAAAGAAGCUUAUUGAAAUGUCAAAAGAAGACGGGUAUAGUAGAGAGUCGCUAAUCGAAAUGAUAGCAUUGCAUGUAGAAGCUUCUUUCCCGGAGCCCCAAAUCUGGAAAGAGUUUGCAGAGAUGCUGAUUCUCUUCUUUGAGAAUGUUGAUGAAGAUCGAAUGUCUGUAUGCCUCAACGGAGAUGGAGAAGAAGGGUGUCAACAAACAUACUCUGUUCGAUACAACCGGACACCUAGAAUGUUCACCGGUACAUCAUGGACACUUAGAGCUAAGUGGUGGCUAAAUCGCCAUUUCUCCCCGGAGAUACUCGAGACAGAAAUGAAAAAGCUCGAGGCAGAACAGAUAAAUGGAGAUUUGGAGAUGUUGAGAUUGAUGAGUUUCAAAGCGGCAUGUGCAAGUCGUCUCUACGGACCAGAGUUUGGUUAUGUUACAACAGUUUAUGGUCUGCUGGAGAGUUGUAGAAACAACAUACAAAACAUGUGUACGCUUGAGAAUGAUAGUAACAACAUAGGUAUGUCGGAGAAUGGUAGAAACAGUUUAGAAUUAUUCAACUUUGUGCGAAGACACAGACAGAAUUGGAACAGGAUAUACAACUUAGAAUAGUUUACACACGGUACAUUCUUGGUUUACUAAAUAUUUACUGUAUUUUUUUUUGUUGUAAGAUUCACUUUGAUGUAAGAAUACGGACCUACUAAAAUGUUUA